AUGGAGCAUCCCAGCCAUGAUGAUGAAGCUAGUGCCGGUCCUUCUGCCGCGGAGCGAGAGCCAACUCGGGCGGCUCGCUCGAACAACUGGCGGGCCCGCGACUCAACUUCGCCAGCGAGGAAUGACGGUUACAAAAGUAGGGAUUCUUGGAAUGACAGACGCACUAGAAGCGACUACAACCAGGACAGGCAGGGCGAUGGAGGAUAUAGAGGCAACAGGCGGGACUACGGUCGUCGAAACGACUGGGGUUCUCGUCGAGACGAUGGAGCCUCAUUUAGGUCGUCGAAUAACAUGGCUGAAGGCUCCGACGCCAUUGCAGAGGGGCGCCGUAUUUACGUGGGGAAUAUUCUCUAUCAUGUCCGCCCAGAACAAAUCUCGGAGGCGUUUGCGGCGGAAGGCUUCACCAACAUUGAUCAGAUUCACAUAUCCAUCGAUCCAGUGACCGGGCGUAACCCGGGAUACUGCUUCGUCGAGUUCGAGACGCGUGAGGUGGCAGAUGAUGCGAUACAGCGCAUGUCCAGGGUCCCCGUUGAGGGUCGGCCUCUACAAACUGGUCCUUGCCGCCCCAAGAAGCAGCAGCAGCCUGCGAGACAACAGUACUCGCGGCCAUCUCGCGAUCCUACAUUUCAGAGGUGGGGAAAUUGGGAUGGUGAGGGUGGCCAGGUGAUGGAGAAUGGGCAGGGUCCCAUUGGAGCUGAGGAGCAUCUCACGAAUGUAGUGGAGGAUGACCAGCGCUGCAGAGUGUUUGUUGGCGGGCUCGACAAAAUGAUAAAUCAAGUGCAAAACGAUGAAGAGCUCAGGGAGAUUUUCAAGGACUUCAAGGUUGUGGCUGUGAGCAAGAGGAUUACUCCUCACGAGUCCACGAGAGCAAGGCCUGGUAAACACCACUAUGCCUUCGUAGACUUGGAGACGCGUGAAGAUGUGGCCUUGGCUAUAGAUACUUUAAAUGGAACUUUAUGGCAAGGGACCCGACUCAGGGUUCAGCCACCAGCCGGCAUUCCAGGUAAAAUUGCUGAACGAGGCACAAGAUGGAAAGGCAGUGGUGAGCAAGCUUGA